CGCCGGCAUACAUGGCUUCCGAGGCGGCCUCCCUGCGUCUUGGGGCAUUCUUAUAGAGACGGCGAGAGUGAGAGAGAGAGAGAGCGGGCGCAGCCGAUCCCGGUCGCUCUUGCCCUUCUUUUCGGCUUUUUCGUCUGCUGCUGAUACUGCUGCUCCCGCCGCUGUCGGACCAGCGAGAGGGAGAGAUGGAUUCUUCUUCUUCGUCUUCUUCGUCCUUCUCUCGGAUGAGGGUUUCGGAUGGACGGGAAGAUGCGGACCCGGCAGCUGGUUCCGGGGCGGCGGGAGCGGCGGAGGAAGCGGGGAAGAAGAAGAGGAGGAGGGGGAGGGGGGCGGCGGAGAGCAGGUGCCAGGUGGAGGGGUGCGGUGCGGACCUGUCGGGGGAGAAAUCGUACCACAUCCGGCACAGGGUCUGCGAGGUGCACUCCAAGUCGCCGAUGGUCGUCGUCGACGGCCGCAGGCAGAGGUUCUGCCAGCAGUGUAGCAGGUUUCAUGAGUUAGGGGAGUUUGAUGAAGUUAAACGCAGCUGUCGUAGGCGUUUGGCUGGUCAUAAUCAGCGGCGCAGGAAACCCACAUCUAGCCCUGCAACUUUGUUCCCUUACCCUGCACAGAUUACUGCUCCUUUCUAUGGUGGACAAUUUACCUCGGGUCUUACCAUGAAUAGGCCAUUUCCUUUUAGCUCCACAAAGCCCAUGAAGCCGGAUGCUUGUGACGCUUUCAUUGGUAAGGUUGUUGCUGCUUCACCUGGACUAAUGUCCUUUAAUCCUAAUCCGGAGACGCUGCCACUCCAUCCCACUUCUAACGCUGUUUACGAAAGGAGGUUUCAUGAUCAGUACUUUGAGCCCGGUGCUCAAAGGUUGUUACUUGGGAAUGGAUAUACUGGUGAUGGUGAUGACGUAGAGAAUUUGUCUGAUACUUCCAUCUCUAGGCGUGCUCUCUGUCUUCUGUCAAAGGGAUGGAACGAUACUGGGAUCAACAAUGCUCCAUCCGCAAACCAAAAGCCAUCGUCUAAGGUGGUGCCACAAAAUUUGCAAUUUGGUGUGGUUUCAGAUGAUGUGCUGCAAGUGCACCUGCAGCCAUCUGGUUUCUUUCCUUCAGCAGUAGUUCACAGGCCUUAGUUUCAAGUAUCCCGUAUCCAGAGGAGAUGCUGGCCAAAACUUUUGACUGCUGAAUGCUCACUUAUUUUCUUCUCGCUUGAGCAAAUAAGUUUCUGGUUGGGAGGAACUGACACUGCCUCUAUACUGUUUUUCUAUGCCUAAACUGUGUUAUCAUGUUAAAUGCACCCAUGGAUGUACGUGUUUUGGAAUGUUUUCUUUUCAAUGUUGUUUCU